UCCCCUGAUGUGUGACUGCAGGCUCUCGUGGCUUAUGCAGCGCGAAAGUGCUGUCCAUAUGCUAGGAAACGCUGUGUGUUCCAGCCCAUCUUGGCACAAAGGGAAGGAACUUUUCACGAUAGCAGAGCAUGAUUUCGCACGGUGGGACGAUGACUGCUCCGCGGGCUGUCUUUGCGAGUGCCACGAAGGACCUUUGGGAGCCCGUGAUAUACAUGUGAACUGCGCUUCGAGAAGGCUGACGUCCGUUCCCACUGUGCUUCCUCAGGGUACCGUGCUCCUGGAUUUGCGAGACAACGAAAUCAGUACGCUGGACGACACUCUAAAGGCUGUCGCACCUGAGCUUCAAUUCCUUUCUCUCAAAGACAAUAUGCUGCAGAACUUGAACGUCACAUCUAUACCAGUGAAGUUACAAGAUAUUGAUUUGAGUGGCAAUGAUUUUAAGCGCCUGCCUUAUUCACUGCUGACAGAGCGCAACUUGACAGCCAUAUGGCUCUCUGGCAAUCCUUUUGUCUGCGACUGUGCCGACUACCCGCUGAUGCGAUGGAUUCAAGUCCACGUUGACGUGAUCAAAGACAUCCAUGACGUAGUUUGUGCUGACGGCAGCAAUCCAUUGAUUGCGCGAAAAUUAUUUAUGUCUUUGGGGGAAAAAGACCUUUGCCCAGAAACGGUAUCAAGAACAACCACGUAUCUACUUACGGUCUUAGGGUUGGUAGCUGUAACAUUAACACUCUUGUCGAUCUACCUGCGCUGGAAGCACAACAUCAGGACGUGGCUUGAUGCGCGAGGCUGGGGCUGCUUGACGCGCAUCACAUCAGAUGACGAGCUGGAUGACGAUAAGCUGUUCGACGUGUUCAUCUCAUUCAGCAGCAAGGAUCAAGACUUUAUUCACGACAACAUUCUUCCCAUUAUGGACACUCACGGAUUUGCAUACUGCACGUACGAGCGCAACUUCAAGGGAGGCUUCCUCCUGCAAGACAUAAUUCAUGACGCCGUCGCAUGCUCCAGGAGAACGCUGCUCGUACUUACACAGAACUUCGUGGAGAGCGAGUGGUGCCGAUGGGAGUUCCGAGUGGCUCAUCGGCGUGCACUGCAAGACAAGGUUAACCGGCUGAUCGUCGUCUUGGUGGACGAGUGUGCAUCUGGUUCGCUCGAUGAAGAUCUGAGGGCGUACGUUCGUGUUACAAACUACCUGCGCUGGAAUGAAAAGAAUUUGCGGGAGAGACUGCUUGCAUCAAUGCCCAGAAAGGACACCACGAGGAAGACCAUUGUCGAGGAGAGGCACGUAGGAUCCGCAGCAGGAGACAACGAAGGCGCACAGCCCUUGUAAACCACUUUUAAAGAGACCGCUUUGGUUCUAGUCUACGAUGCCAGCGUACGAUAUCAGCGUACGGUGUUGUU